AGCGACCCCAACAGCCACAACAGCUUCUCUUCGCACCACGCGCCGCCACUUGCUCCAGAUCCACCACCAUGAGUCCAGAUCUGACACGAAGGACAGCACCUCCGGCGAAGACAGACACGCUGACGAGAGCAGAGCGAGAAGGGACUACAACUACAGGUAACAGAAGCCCUCUCCGGUGCCGGAAGGGCAAGCCGGAGAGGCAAAACGGAGCACUACAAACGAUAAAUAGUUGCUUCACAUUCGCUGGAGAUGAAGAUUUCCUCAAAAACGAUAUCCGUGUGAAACCCGGUCUUGACGGGCUUGGUGCGCUUGGAGACGUUGGAUGGUACGCAAUCCGAGCAACCCUUUUUGCCAACAACUUUGGUCUUUCCAAAACUGUCACGGCCUUUCCCGACGCUAUUUUAAACGAGUUAGGAGUGAUUCUCUCUUGUGGAGCAUCUCUGAGCUGGGAAGAUGGACGAACCGCAACCAUAUACGGUUCCUUCUUGGCAAACCUAACAAUGGAAAUAACCGCCAUUGGAACCAAAGGAACACUUCGUGUUCAUGACUUUGUUAUCCCAUUUCAAGAGUCCGAGGCAUCGUUCACCACUAGCACUAAAUCUUGGUUCAAUGACUCUGUGACUGCAUGGGUUAAUCCCCCGAGUGAGCACACGGUAAAGACUGAACUUCCACAAGAGGCGUGUAUGGUAAGAGAAUUUGCCCGAUUGGUAGGAGAAAUCAAGAAUAAUGGUGCGAAGCCUAAUGGGUUUUGGCCUAGCAUUAGCCGAAAGACACAACUAGUAGUUGAUGCUGUUAAAGAGUCUAUUGAUAAAAACUAUGAACAGAUUAGCUUCUCUGGAGUCGUCCUCUGCUGUGUCGUUAAGGUGCGGCGACAGAAGACAGGGUGCAAGAUCUCGGCUUGUUCUCCUCUCCGGGAGACUGGUGGUGGUGUGAAGCUCCUUCAGGCGGCUGUCUCGGCAGAUCCAGAGCGUCUGAUCUGGGUAAUUAGCAUUCUGGUCAUUGAAUGGUUGUUCGAAGAAGCUUCGGGUCACGCGGGUUUUGUUUUGCAUCGUUCGGACGGGUCAGUCGGAUGUACGGUCCGUUUUUGGCUUAGGAUCGGAACAACGAAAGCCGGAGAACCAAGUCUUUCUGAUGCUGCGCCUUUGGUGUUGAUGCUAUUUGGAAAAGUCCUACACGCCAAUCAAGAGGUUCCAAUAGCUUGGAGUUGCUUUGAUCUUUAGUAAUGAUUUGGUUUUCUGUGUUAAUAGUUGUUUUCGUAUCAUAGGGUUAAUUUAGGUGGUUCAAGAGAUAAGUUUCACUCUGAGUUGUGGAGUGUUAUUUAUCUCACCGUGGUUAAAAAAAUGCAAUGGGAUCUCGAUCGGGUAGCGUUGGAUCCGUUAGUGUUUCAGGGUGAUACUAGAUCAACCCAUUGCAUUGAGUGGUCCAAUUCGAUUGAGGUGAAUGUUAUGUACCUUGAAUUUGGAUGUAUCUCUUUGGUGAAUGAAAAGUUGAAGUUGAG